GUGUCAACCUAAGCGCCUGCGCGGUGCACCGUCUGUGCGGUCACAAAAGCAAGUCUUCGUGCAGGGGCUCACCGCAUCAUAGGAAGGCUGAUAUGUGCUCAGCCACUUACAGUCCUGCAGAACCGUAGGCUGCUACCUGAUGCACCUCAUACCAUGUUCAUAUAUGUCACACCUACUAUGUAUUGAAGGGCUAGAGGGGAGAAAAAAUAAUGCGCCAGUAUCUACAAUGUCGCCUAGGAAAGAGAGCCUUUCCAAAGCUGGCUUGCGUCAAAUAACCUCUGCUCACGGCAUUCGAUUUGAGGGACCAACCCCCCCGGGAGAUUGGCCAGAUGAAUGCAAAAACCAUUUUCAAGUCAUUCGUUCGCUUCAGUUCUUACCGUACGAAAAGUACAGAGACAACGAACAGGUUCCUUGUAGCCGAAGAGAAAAAUUCCAAAAACGCGUCAGAAAUCUUCGCGACAGUGUUCGAGAUCUGCUCAACGAUGAGAACCCGUGUGAAGAUUCAUGGCGAAAGCUAGAAGGCUUAGUAUUUGAAAGAUUCGAAAGGCCGGUUAUCUGUGGAAAAUGCGGUAACGAGUUAUCAAAAUCAGACUACGAGGCGAAGUGCUUGAACAGAGAAAACCAGAUCGAGCUAGACGCCAAGCGGAAUGCGAGGAAGUUUUGUGCUUGUAGGCACAAAAGGCCCCAUGAACAGAUUAAAGAUCCCGAUGAGGAGCGUGGGAAAAUAUUCUGUUCAGUAAAUGGAGAACCCAUUACUCACGUGUCAGGAGACAACCUCGAAAAUUCCAAAAUCUCCAUGCGACCAGACCUAGUGAUUGGAUUACGAGCUUCACCAUACAUCGCUCGAAGCGAAUCCCAUUUUCCAGCGAAAGGUAGAAACAAACUACUCCUACCGUUUCUUGUUUUAGAGGCGAAAAAGGAGAAAAAUGCACCAGGUUUUCGAGCGAUUCAGUAUCAAACCGCGUUUCCUGUUCGACGGUUCUUGAAAGCUCAGGCCGACAUGGACAGUCGCGACUCCUCAUGCGAGCCUUGCUUGGUGUGGUUCUUUGCUUACCAAGGCGAGCAAUGGCGUCUGCAUGCUGGCACAAUAGACCGUGAUAAAGUAAGAGUUUUCGACCUAUGGCAAGGGACCAUACAAUCACAAGACGGCGCGCUGCAAUUACUGCUGAUUGUUGAUUACAUAUGGUCUUGGGCGCGAGACGUAUAUCGACCAACCAUCAGGAAACUCAUCUCAAAUUCACCGACGAGCUUUCGAGGCGUCUCUCCGGUUUCUACGGAUCGUUUUCGCCACUCAGUCUCGCUAUGUCCCCUCACAAGCUCCACGCCCACCUCACAGGAUCCAGAUCAAAUGCAAACCGAUGAGAUCGUGGUCGCUACCAACGGGCUCUGUCAGCCUCAGGCCUGGGAAGUAGCAGCACUCCCAGAUGCAAGUUGCCAUACUUUCCUUCGAUGGGCAGUCGGCCACGAGAUGUCGCCCUCCUGGACGGGACUUGGGAGCAUACGUCACUCAAACCUUGUACAUUUCGAGUUUCGAUGUUACAAUCUGGCGAUAGAUGUCGCUACUACAGAAGAAAUGUCGAUGGCAGAGGAAGAUCUGUCUUUGUACUCAACCUUGUGCUCUUACGCUGUAACCAUAUCGCCGGAACAGCUAUAUGAGAUUGCAGCUAUCUGGACAACAAGAUUUCCGUCAACUCCUGGAUUCCAAUCGGCCAGUGCGAUGCGAGCCACGUUCUUCGUCCAGACGUACUGCGAUCAGUCGACAUGGCAAAUUAAGAGGGUCCUGAACUGCAUCAUAUGGGCAGUCAAUAAUCACGAUACACCCACAGAGUACGACGCAGGAGACCUUCUAAAAGCCAUGUUACAAAUUCGCAACAUUCACGGCAGAGAGUCGGUCUAUAUCGCCUUGCAAGACACAGGUUUGGUUCUUCAACACACGGAGCAUGAUCAGAGCCUCAAUUGGGAAUCAUUCGCACAAGCGGGUCUUUCAGACACGGCAGUUGACACUCUCAGAGGGCUCAGAGCCGAAGUACGCGUUGCAGAUAUAGUGUUACAGCGUGUUAGCCAUGACGCUCAGCUUCUUUGGGUCGAACGGAGCCCACAUGAUCAGUAUCGAUGUGUAUCCACACCUUGGGAACAAGACACCAGAUCUGGAGACUCCAUGCUCGCGAUUCGAUCCCCCUUAUGGCCUCUCACCUGUCCCAAAUUCUGCUUAUUCGUCCUUCCUGAGGUCCAUGACGAAUCUUCGGGCGGUCUGCACCGGCUGCUUGAGGAGGCUAUGUCGUUGAGAAAUUUUUACGUGCAUGUCGAUCACCAGUGGGGUAGAGAGGACACUCGCUUACUUCGCCAGUGGCGUAAGGCUCUUAGUUCCGAAAAGACGAUCGUUGCGUGAAAGGACGCGUCACGCUUAUACACACUAGUACGCAUUUGUGGCAUGACGUCACUACAAAUCGAAUUAUCAAGGGUUGAGGGGCUUUACAUUGACGAGCAGUUUCACGCA